UUGAGAUUCCGUGCAAAUUCAAAUCUCUUUUUAUUUUGAACUCUCAAAUAAGGAAUUUCGCCUAAAUCCAAAAUCCACCAAAUCUCAAACAAUUUUGUAAAGAGAAAAUUAAAAUACUUGGCAGACGAUGAAUCCGUUUCCCAGUUGCCCUCUCCUUGAUUAAUUCCUAAAGCAUAAAAGUCCUUGAAUACAGAUGGAAAACCUUAUAUAACGACUUGUCCUCUCCUCUAUAUCCAUCUUAUCGUUUUCUGAAGCUAUUAGAAACCCUUGACACUGUUUUUCUAGUUGAAGGUAUAUACUUGUAAUGGCGUCUUCAACAGACUGCGGCUAUGGUUACCACAUCAAUGUCUCAGCCUGGGAGAUUGGUGAUCCUGUCCAAGACAAUACUUUGUCCUCUUCCUACUUAUUCAUUACUUGUAAGGUUGAGCUUUCUUACCAAUCAGAAGCUAUCUCAACAAUCAUCACCCAUAAACUGAAAUCCAUCGUCUCUGCUCCUACUAAAUCAAUACCCAAGAAAAUCACUGCCCAUGAAACGGAACACACCUUCAGAUUCCCAUGCGACUCUUUCAUAUCCACCCAUGGCGGUAAAACCGUGUCCUCCAUUAUUUCUGAUAUGAACAUCCCUUUCUCUCUGGAAAACAUCCAGUGGAGAGAGCAUGUGUGCGAACCUUGGGUUCUAUUGGAGAACCCUGAUGAUCUACCGAACCACAUACUUGAUCUUGCACGUUACACCAUUAAAGGGUUCGAGAAAACUGGCCGCAAGGAGUUCAAGAUGUAUAUUCAUAUUGAAAAGAAGAUAAUUCUGUCUCAACAGGAAUACGAAACAAUGGCUCAGGGUAUAGAGGAUCAAGAACGUGUCGAGAUGAUCAAAGCCACGGCGAUGAAAGAAAUAAUUGGAUAUCAAGUUGCAACGGGGAGGUUAUUGUCAAGAACUGAAUUGUUGCUGAGACUCAGAAUCAUACUGAGGGAGAAGAAUGCAACAUUAGACUGGAGUUCCUUGGAGUCGUUGGCGAAUCAAGUUUCGCAGACAUUUAUGUGGACUCAGAAACGAGGAAGAUCAUCCUUAGAAUCAUCAGUUGAAAAAGCAAUAGAAUAUUUAAGAGUAAAGGGUUCGGAUGUUGAAUCAAUGGGGCGAUGUUCAAUAUGCAUACAAGAAGUGGAGCUGAAAAGUUAUGUGAGCAGAUUGCCUUGUUCUCACAUGUUUCAUCGAGACUGCAUCAAAGAAUGGCUCAACAAGAGCCACCUUUGCCCCUUGUGUCGAUUUAGUUUAGAUCAGUAGUCAUACAGAACUAAUGAAUUUUUA